UCGGCUGGAUCACGAGGACAACAGAAGCCUAGACAACUCAUUCUAUCCAAAUAACCACUAAAAACUUGAAGUUUCAGAGUAAAAAGGUUGUGUUACAGAAUACCUAGCAUGUUGACUACUGAGAAUGGACCUAAAAGGCACAUUUACAGCUGGAAACCUCAUUCUGUCGGAGGCACUCAACCUGGUAUCAGUCACCCUGGGAGAUGUAUCAACAGCAAGGCCUGGCAUCUGAGCUCCAGACCCCAGCGCUGGAGAAAUACGGCACCAUCAUAUUACUUCUGUUUUGUGAAACAAGCUGUCCUGUGGAACAGAGGACAGCAUCACACGGUAAUCAGACGUGAGAAAUGCCCUCCACCCUUGUGUUCUCGUUUUCAUGCUCAUAUGGAGGCCUGGCCUGACCAUUUCAGAAACCCACAAUUCUUAAACAUGCAUCCCAGACCAGGGCCUAAUCAUCUGGGGCAAAAACAACGACAGCAGAGUGCUCCACAACCUCAAAGAUGUCCAGAUGUCAGGAGGAACCAAAAUGUGGAUCAUUCCAACAGGAGUCAAUUGAGUGUGGUUCUACCGCAUGCACCUGGAUGCCCUAAUCCAAGUAGAGCUUCUCCAGAACCCCCAACAAGUCCUUCUCUGAUGCUCAAGUUUGUUGAUCACCCUCAGAAACCCCAAACCUCCAAUCCACACUUACAACUGACAGAUGAGGAAAAAGAUGCAUGCUCUGUGCCACAAAAUCUGAAUCAAGGGCACCAUGAAAUGGGUGAAGAGGAGACAAUGACCCCAACAACUCUGUCCACCCCGACAACCCCAAGCAUCCCAGCCACCCCAACUACUCCUGGCACCCAAAGUACUCCAAGUAGCCCAGUCACUCCAGGCACACCAAGUUCAUCUGUGACCCCAAAUUCUCUUUCUGAUUUUAGUGGCCCUUCAUCGAGCCAGUUCAGCCGUAUCACUGACCUGAACAGUAGCUUCUCAGAUGCCCUGUCAGUGAACUUCAGCGUUGACCAUUGUGAAGACAAUAACACCGAUGAUGAGGAUAACCAUGCUUCUGACCUUGACCAGAAUAAUUAUUAUCCAGAGGGCUGCUCUACUUCUCUCCCCGAGCUUCACUUUAGCUCUGCAGGAAGUUACAGUCAGGCCAGCUCACGAAUGGAUGUCCUUCAAGCACAUCUCUCUAGAUCUCUCACCUCCUGCAAACAAGAAACACCUUCCACUUGCUUGCCAGACACUCCAAUUUACACCUCCAAAACCCCUCAGUCUGGGCAAACCCCAGCCACCCAACAGUUAACAUAUGAAACCUUGCACAGACACCCUGGAUCCAGCCAGUCUGGCCUGAGCAUUCAGUCACAAAAACCUGAAUGCUCAACAGCAGAUAGUCGAUCAGAAUGGAACCUGUGGCCUGUGCUUCCUCCCAUCAUGCCACAGCAAGAUGAACUGCAAGAUGAAAGUUUACUGGGAGGGACCCCUGACUCCCUGUCCGACAGGUCACAGUCUGAUAUCUUUGCUGAGCUGGAUGAUCUGGCCCCUUGCUCAAGUUCCUGUGUGUCUCCGGACCACCCAGCCGGGAGUCAAACUGACCGAUCCUCACCUACCACAGAUCUGAGUCCUGGACUUGCGGCACUGACUGUGGGAUGUGAUUCGGGUGAUCUGGGAUCUUUGUCCCGUGUGCAGCUCCUGCUAUUGGAGCGAAGAGGAUCCGAGAGUCCAGGUUCCAUCCCAAGUCCCGAAUGGUGUCGAACUCUGGACGGGGAGGAGUAUGAACCUGGCCUUAGAGUCUGGAGCUCGGGCAUUUCCCAAUAUUAUCAGUCCACAGUCCCCGACAACCGCAAACCAUUAAGUGGCAGAAACAGCAGCCAAGAUUCUUUGGCAACUUUCAAGGGACGCAGAAAGUGCCCCGGGCUCAUCAGUGUGGGGAGUGUAUCAAGGACAUCAUCCUGUUGUUCUCUCAGCUCAAGGGUGUCUGAGAGCAGCUCCAGGAACCGAGAAAAAAACACCUGUGAGGACCAAGGUUGUGAAUCCCAAGAUGAGAAUGUCCCACUCUAUUUAUCACCUCUCUCUCCCAGUGCUUUGCUGACAGAAAGCCCAACAAACGGGGGGACCAUACUGGUCCCGCAAUGUGGAACCAGUGACCAUGCUGAAAAGCACAGAAACAGGUCAGACAGACUUCGAGAGAAGAGGAAGAGGAAGAAGGAGAUGAAGAAGACAGAGGAGAGGAAGAAUAAAGCCCUGCAGAUUUACUCCAAACUUCAGGAUGGAAAAGACCCAACAGAGCCCUCUCAUCAGAGCCCUUGCUCUAAGUUUGAGGACUUUGAUUUUCUGGCAAAGUACUGCAUCCUCAGUCAGGACAAGCUGUCCAUGUACAAAAGAGCUUUUGAGGCCGCUGAUAGUGAUGGAGAUGGUUAUCUGAGCUGUCUCCAAGUUUUGCUGGCACUGAAAGAGAUCAUUCCCCCAGAACUUCUGACUGAAGAAGAGGAAAUAUAUGUGUACAGGAUUCUGGAGCUGGUUGAUUUCAGAGUAACAGAAGGCCUUACGGAUCUGCGCCUGUUUGCUGUAGUGGCCAGUUUGGCCCAGAAAAUAGCCACACUCGAUGAUUUCAUGCGCUCCCUCAUCAGCAAGAUGGAUUUCAAAUCUCUGGAGAUGAAGCUUUAUAAAGCCAAGCAGUUGUUCUUGUUUUUGCUGGAGGCCCAAACAGGGGGCGCUCUGGUGCCAGAGGGUUGCAUUGGGGCAGAGCAACUACUAGUGGAGCUCAAGGCAGGGGGCAUCAGGCCUGAGCAUGAGGCAUCGGUGAGGCGGGAACUGCGCAGUUUGCGCUCCCUUGAUCUUCUUGACUUCCUCGCUCACCUGCCUCUCUUCAUCCUCAUUCAUAACUCAGUUAUCGCAAACCCCUUCGAUGACUCCAGCAACCUGUGAUGGUAUCAACAACAACUGUCUGCACCAAUAGUUAGGCCACAUUAACAUCAACAUAAAUACAUAUAUUAGAUACAUAUGUAUGAAAAAAGUUUGGGGCCUGAAGGAUUUUUUUAUGUUUUUGAAAGAAGCUCUUUUGCUCACCAA